CCCUGUUCUGAUUUGCACAUUGAGGUCUUUGAUGCAACAGAAAACUGCUCCCCCCUGUGUAUCCCCCCACUUCCUCUUAAACCUGCCUGGACAAUUUGAAGCUUGUGAAUUUUCCUCUACAGAUGCAAGUUUAUGUGAGGAUAUUCUUCCUGAUCAGUUCAUUCCAUGAAGCUGUUUUUUCCCCCUUCCUGUUUUCUGUCGGGAAACUGGAAGUGAACACAGGGCUCUCAUUGCAGAUCUGUGGCUGAACUCCUGAGCAUUUGACAGUCAAGUGCUGCCUUAGCUAGUAACAGAGUUUACAGUUUAGUGGCAACUUAGCAGCGCUCAGCUAUUGAAGCCAGUGAGCCUGUUGCCUUUAGUGUGGUUUUUUUAAAUAAAGCCUUCAGUGAUCUCUUCAGUGUGUCUUAUGCAAGAUUAUAAAUUAUCCUCAUUUUGAAAGUCUGGAAAGAAACGACGUCUUGUGCCUCAUGGAGGACAGCAUGGCCCAGCAGCAUGGAUGAGUGCGUGUAGGAUACUUGCUUACAGUUUUAUCACUCUCCAUUGCUGCCAGCCAACAAGACUGAAAAAGGAUCAGCUGAUGCCAUUGGGUUAACUUAUGUUGUUGGCUUUUCAGCUUGGCUUUUGAUGCUGCCAAGUGGAUAUGCUGGCCGUCCUGUUUCCUCCAUAUUGCAUGCAUCCUAAGAGAAAAUUCUUCCACAGAACCAGGUGUGCAGCUUGUGAGACGGGUCCUGGCCAAGGCUGCUGGAAGCCUUAGAGCUGCACAGGAGGAAUGUGGGUGCUUCCAGAUGCUUAACAGACAAUGGUUCGUCGACGAAUAGUAGUCACAUGGCUCCCUCGGAUGGUUGUUAUGCUGGUGGUCCUCUGUUGUACAGUAUCUGUGCUCUACAUGUUGGCCUGCACCCCAAGAGGUGAUUAUCAGCAGCUUGCCUUCCCCAGAGUCAAUAGCCCUACAGGAAAAGAGGGAUAUCAGGCUCUCUUACAGAAAUGGGAAGAGCAUCAUUGGGACUACAUCAACAGUCUGAAGAGGCAUAUUGUAGAGCUGAAGGAUGAGCUCCAGGAGAGGAGCGAGCAGCUGAAGCACAUGCAAGGACACAGCACUAACUUGCUGGGAGUGGGAACAGACCAGGGGAACCCCAAGAAGCCCCCAAAAGCCCUCUUGCAGUUCCUGCAUUCCCAGAUUGACAAAGCAGAGAUACUAACUGGCAUGAAGCUUCCAAAUGAGUAUGCUGCAGUAUCCUUUGAGAGCUUCACCCUGCAGAAAGUGUAUCAGCUGGAGAUGGGUCUUACGCGUCACCCUGAGGAGAAGCCCAUGCGAAAGGACAAGCGAGAUGAGCUGGCAGAGGCUAUUGAGUUGGGCUUGGAGACUUUAAACAGUCCAGAGAGCAAUGGUAACACCAACCGUCGGACAUAUUUCACCUCGGACUUCAUAGAAGGCAUUCGCCGAACAGAAAGAGAUAAAGGCACCCUGUAUGAGCUGACAUUCAAGGGAGAUAAAGAAUAUGAAUUCAAGCGAAUUGUCCUAUUCAGACCAUUUGGCCCCAUCAUGAAAGUUAAGAAUGAAAACCUCAAUAUGGCCCACACCCUUAUUAAUGUCAUUGUUCCUCUGGCUAAAAGGGCCAGCAAGUUUCGGCAAUUCAUGCAGAAUUUCAGAGAAAUGGGCAUACAACAAGACAGAAAAAUUCACCUCACAAUAGUUUACUUUGGGAAAGAACAAAUGAGUGAAGUCAAAGGAAUCCUUGAAAACGCAUCCAGAUCAGCUAACUUCAAGAAUUAUACCUUCAUCCAGCUGAACGAAGAGUUCUCAAGAGGGAAAGGCCUGGACGUGGGUGCACGGUUUUGGAAAGGAAGCAAUGUUGUUCUCUUUUUCUGUGAUGUAGAUAUAUACUUCACAGCAGAAUUCCUCAACACAUGCAGACUGAACACACAACCAGGGAAAAGGGUAUUUUAUCCAGUUCUUUUCAGCCAGUAUAACCCAAGCCUAAUUUAUGGACACCAUGAUUCCAUUCCACCUCUAGAACAGCAGUUGGUUAUAAAAAAAGAGACAGGGUUUUGGAGAGACUUUGGAUUUGGAAUGACUUGCCAGUACCGCUCUGAUUAUAUCAAUAUUGGAGGAUUUGAUCUUGACAUUAAAGGGUGGGGAGGAGAGGAUGUACAUCUAUACCGUAAAUACCUUCACAGCAACCUCAUUGUGAUCAGGACACCUGUCCGGGGCCUUUUUCACCUCUGGCAUGAAAAGCACUGCCUGGAUGAGCUGACCCCAGAGCAGUACAAAAUGUGCAUCCAGUCCAAAGCCAUGAAUGAAGCCUCUCAUGGUCAGCUUGGGAUGCUGGUCUUCAGACGGGAGAUUGAGGCUCAUCAGCACAAACAGAAAGCAAGCAAUAAGACUUGAAGCCAAAAAGUGUCUUACUCAAAGAUUAAUAAGAAGAACCUCAAAGUCAGACUUAGAAGGACGUUCUAAAAACUCGCACUCUGGGGAGAUGAAAUGCCCCUCUUUGUUAUUAUUUGCAGAGGUCUUGAUACCACCUUAGCCUUUUCUCUAACUUUCUUAAGUACCACCCUGCAGGUACACUGCAGGCAUGGAGAACAGCUUCCUGUUUGAUUAUCUGAUGUACAAACAAGAUGGUUUUCCAAUUUUGAUUGAUCUAUGAUGAGAGCGUACAAAGCUUUACAUUUUAUCAAAUGGAUAGCCAGGUGCUUAUAAACUAUGUAAAUUGAAUGAAAUCUUUGGAAGAUCUUUAUAGAGAGUGGAGACCAGAGUACCCCAUAACGUUCAAAUAAGGUUACUGAUGAUAGUCCUGAGCCAGCUGUAUCUGUUCUCUGUUGUGUUUGUUACUAAUGGUCCUGGAUAGGGAUGCAUACCCACAUCUGGGCCACACACACUCAUCCAGUUCAAUGGGGAAUUAUUAGAUAAGCACCAUAAUGCAAUCUGUGUGAUCCAGAUCAGCUGCCCGUAUCAGUCUCUCUUGCUAGAUUGCAGCAUUUACAGGUUUAUUUUCAGGCUCUUCAAAGAAGGUAAAGAACUUCUACAGUCUGUAAACAGUGCUGUUAAGACACACCUGUGGUGAAGCUUCAAAAACCCAAUACACUCAAAAUAAAACCACAUAUCCAAGUUUAAGCUAGAGAGAAAGGGCAGUUCACUUUAUACAGAGGAGAGUCAGAAGAUAAGGAUUUCUAGCAGCUAAUGGCGUAUAGAGCCCAAGCCAUUACCAGUGAUAAUCAGAUACACAAAAUGAUAUCUUUUAAACUGCUGUGGAUUCACUAAAUAUAAUACAGUAGCUUGUCCAUGAGUGCUCUAGAAUAUCAUUUUUGCUUGUCCUAACAAUGCACUUUUGGUUUCAUGCCCCUUUGCGCAUAUUUUAACAUAAAGAGUUGCUGAGAAGCAGCACAAUUUAACAUGAUUGCUAAGACAUUUUGCGAAUGGAUUCAACUUUAUCAAAUGGAUUCGUAAGUAAACCCAAGUGUAUUUUUGUCCAGCACCAAUUUUGCCUUUGACUGAACCACAUACAGCUGAGAGAUAUUAAGGAGAGAUGAAUAUAACACAAACAUUUGGAAUUUUUGGUUCCCAAAAGACAAUAAAUGGAUACCAAAUGCAAGCUGAAUUUAUGGAGAAAUUCCAGAAAUGAAAGACCACCUAUUCUGUUCAUAACCAAAAUAUUUGCAUGCAAUAUAUAGCAUCUCUUUCACUGCACAAGGGUUUGCAAAGUCAUUCCCUCCCCCCCCCAUGUGCUUUACAAGGAAAA